GGGCGAGUGCGCCGCGCCCCCUCGGCCCCGAUCAGGAAGCGGAGCGGAGAGAAAAGCGCUGGCUAGAAUGACACAGAAGCAGCGCUGAGCUGUAGGACAGACUGCGGCUAAACCGGGAACCAGCUCCAGCACGGCUUCACGGCGUCAUCUCACCGAAAACACACAGCAACGACCAAAAUGCUCAUCAAAGAAUUUCGAGUGAUCCUACCAAUUUCUGUGGAGGAGUACCAGGUAGGUCAGCUGUAUUCAGUAGCUGAAGCGAGUAAGAAUGAGACAGGGGGCGGAGAGGGUGUGGAGGUCUUGAAGAAUGAACCAUAUGAGAAAGAUGGAGAAAAAGGCCAAUACACACACAAAAUCUACCACCUGCAGAGUAAAGUUCCAUCUUUUGUGAGAAUGCUAGCACCAGCAUCAGCUCUCAACAUUCAUGAGAAAGCCUGGAAUGCUUACCCAUAUUGCCGCACAGUCAUCACGAACGAGUACAUGAAAGAGAAUUUCCUCAUCAAGAUAGAAACAUGGCAUAAACCUGACAUGGGUCAUCAGGAGAAUGUGCACGGUUUGGACCCUGACACUUGGAAGAAGGUCGAUGUGGUGUAUAUUGACAUCGCUGACAGAAGUCAGGUGGAGCAAAAGGACUACAAGCCAGAGGAAGAUCCGUCCAAGUUUAAAUCUGCCAAGACUGGCCGAGGACCCUUGGGGCCUGACUGGAAGAAAGAACUACCCAAAAAGACAGACUGUCCACACAUGUGCGCCUAUAAACUGGUAACAGUGAAGUUCAAGUGGUGGGGACUUCAAAACAAAGUGGAGAACUUCAUUCAGAAGCAAGAGAAACGCUUGUUUACUAAUUUCCACCGGCAACUCUUCUGCUGGAUUGAUAACUGGAUUGAGUUGAACAUGGAUGACAUUCGUAGGAUGGAAGAGGAGACCAGGAAGGAGCUGGAUGAGAUGAGAGUGAAGGACCCCGUAAAAGGGAUGGUGGCUCUCGAGGACUGAAUCUCCUGUAUAUAGACGGAGUGUGCUGCUGUUUAUAUUGGUGUGUAACAGAGGUGCCGGCCGCAUUGCCGUUUCGUGAAAUUAUAGGCUUCCCCUGUCGUCACUUGUUAGGAAAAAUUCCCUCGAAAUAUACAUUAUAAACGACUUACUUCUACUUAAUUACUGGCCUCAUGUUACACUGGUGUGAGGUUUUAAAUUUUCUUUAAACCUUUUGUCUUUCACCUCCUACUUCUCGAUAAGUAAUGUGAUCUAAGUUACAAUCUCUCUCCUCGUCUCCCUCUUUCGCUCACUUCUGCAUCAAUUUGCAAACAAAUUGGAUGACAAUCUAUAAAUGUAGAUAAAAAUUCUGCCCCGCUAACCAGACUGAUAAUACAGAAUGAGAAAUAGACACACAAUAACUAAUAAAACGUACUCAUAAAGAACAAAAAUAAUGCACCAUCACGAAAAAACGACACAGCUGACACACCACAGAGAGACACUUAUGCUAAAAUGAUUACUAUGUCAAAAUCAGAUGGUGGUUCUGUAUAUAUUCCCUACAUAUUGGGAGGUGAGUUAUUCUCAGAGCUGUAUAAACAGAGCUGUUUUUCCAGUAAUUACUCUCAGUAACCCGAUCUUAGAUGUGUUUUGCGGACCAAGCUGACUCAGUGUUCUGUUUUGAACUUCUUGUGAUUGUCCUUAUUGUUAUUUUAAAAUUUGAUUACAUUCAUCUCAUCAUCCUCCACUGAAGCAGGAGCGCAUCUGUAAAGUGGGCCUGCAGAAUGACCGGUGCUCAUUUGUGUAUUCAGAGGUCGAGGUGGGGCGUCAGACUAUUAUGUUAAAUAGAUUAUUAUUCAUCAUAAGGCAAAGAAAGUCGGUAAAAUACGAACACUGCACUGAUUGUUCUGUGCUUCUUGAACUUCAGAAGUUAUUUCAAGUUCACCAGCAUAUCCUUUGUCUCAUAGAAAGUGUUGCUCAGUACAUUGUGCUUCUCUCUGGAUCGUUUAGGAUGUUUAACAACCUUGUUCUGUCCUCUGUAUGCACAGUUUGUGCUUAGUCAUUCUGUGUGCGCUUGGUUUCUGUCGUCAUACCCUCGUCAUUUAUUUUUUUCCCCCGUGCGUAUGUAAGAGAGGGCAGAAGACAGUUACGGAGUCUGAGUAAGUCUGAGCGCGCAUGCAGAUUUUUGCUAGAACGUACAUAGCUCAAGCGUCUAGUCUCGAACCAUUUCUUGUUGAGAUGGCAUGGCAGAUUUUCACAGCGCCGCAGGGAAAAUAUCUCUUUCUGUGUAAUAAUAAUAAUUUCUGCCAUUGCUUGCUGUAUACUAAGCAGCUCUGAGAAGGUUGUCGACUAUGUCUGAAAGAUUUGUUGUUUGCACAUUCUCACACUUCUAACUGAUAAAAGGAAACUUUUAUCCGGAUUUUAGCAAUAAUGCUCACAUUUCCAUCUCAUCUAACAUGUUUUCCAUAACACUAAAACUCGUCUUUCGCUGAUUAAUUCAUAUUGUCCCCAGAACGUUAGUAAGCUAAGUGUCAGCCCUUGACUGGCUUCAGGAAACAAGGAUUAAUUGAGUAUGGUUGUCUGACUGUAUUUUCUAUAUAUAUAACUCAAUGGGUGUGUGUGUGUGUGUGUGUGUGUCUGAAGUUAUGUUAUGUGUUUGAGAGAUGUUUAAAAUAUGGAUGGACCGUUGGUUCGCACUUUGUCCAUGUAGCUGUUUCACAUUCAACACUGUACAAUCCCAUUAGCAAUACUCCACCACUACGUCGGCCCUAAGAACCCUAUCAUGGAGCUGUUUGGAUGUAUGUAUUGAAUUGUACAUAGUAUAUAAAUAUAUGUAGAUGAAUACACACCUAUAUAUAGGUCAGACUGUCCUGCCAAUCCAUCAGCACUUGUCUUACACUUACACCGUACUUUGUUUGCAGGAUGGUGUAUUUUUAGGAAAAUCCAAUGCUGCUGUAGCUCCAUCAAGGCCAAUCCGAAUUGCAGUAAAUGCACUGAUUUGCUCUUUGCACUACUUAGUGCAGUUUGGUUCUGUUCUUUCAGGACAAACAGCUGGUUCGGAACUUUUCUGUCCUUGAAAUCAUAGACUUGUUAACAUUGUUAACAUAACGGCGUCUCAGUGUCCUCAGACUCCACAUAUUUGGCAGGAUAGUGUUGAAAAAUAUAUAUUUUUGUUCCCUAUUGUUGUCGUACCUGCAGUAUGUCAUCAAGUCUCUGAGCUCUGCUGCUGCCUCUUUUAAAAGGUGAAGUCUUUCAGAGAUGUCACCGCCACUUUUUACUGAUCUCAGAGCAGUUUGGCUAUUAUUAUAAAAAUGAUUAAAAAAAAAAAACCCGGAGUGAUUCAAGUCAGAGGAACUGGUCUUUGACCGAUAAAGGGCAGCUUCUAUCCAGAACAUUUGUAAUAAAAAUGAGAGUCUGAAUAAGAGGUGGCUUAAAAAGCAGAACAUCAAACGAUCCGAUUCCUCGCCCGUACAGGAACCAGAUCAUUGUGCGAAGAGACUCUCAUAUAGCUAUGUUGUUAGUACAGUUCUCGUUUCGUCGUCAGGUUUACAAAAUCUGCUAUUUCAGAACUAGAAACGGUUUAUUUUUCAAUGUUUUUGUUGAAUGUCACUCCCUUGCUUGUCAUCUGUUUUUAGUUUCUUUUACUGUGAAUUUGUGCCUUUUGUCAUUUUAUCUUCUGGACUACAUGGAGAUGUGAAUCAAAUAAAUAUGGGAAAAAAAUGU